CGCCGCCGUCUUCUCCGGCAUCUUCCCAAGGCCUCGCGCUCGCCGCCCGUCGCGUCGAAUCUUUCCCCUCCGGCCAUCCGCCUCCGACGCAUCGAUGCCUCGCCACACGACGGUUUCUACGUGCACGGCUGAGACGGAGCACGGUGACCAUGUCUUUGAGAUAUUUGAUUACAGCCAGCACAGGGGCAUGGGCAACGGAGAGUACAUCAGGUCCGGCGUCUUCUCCGUCGGCGGCUACGACUGGGCCAUCCGCUUCUACCCCGACGGAUUCAGUGGGAUCAGCAAAGAUUACAUCUCAGUUUAUCUCGAGCUCCUGAGCAAGGACACCAAAGUGCGAGCCAGCUGCGACCUGAGGCUGGUCGACCAGAGCACCGGUUUGUCGGCUUCAGUGACGCAGGAAGGGCCGAGGACAUUUGAUUCCGGUAAUUCUAGUAGGUUUUCGCCAAAUAAUGGCAAGUUCAUGAACAGGAGCAAGCUUGAGGCAUCUGGGUACAUCCAUGGUAAUCACCUCACAAUCCACUGCAUUGUCACUGUCAUCAAAGAUCCACGUGUUAGUGUAUCUAAAACAGAAUUGUUCAACAGAAUUGAGGUCUCAGAAUCCAACAUCACGGAGCAGCUUGGGAAUUUGUUGGAUUCAGAGGAGGCUACAGAUGUCACUUUUUGUGUUGGAGGAGAGACUUGCGCAGCACACCGGGUCUUGCUCGCAACACGGUCACCGGUUUUCAAAGCACAGCUGUAUGGGCCGAUGAGGGAGGCGAAGGAGCAGCUGGUGAUCAUAGAAGAUAUGCAACCUGCUGUGUUUAGGGCCCUGCUUCGUUUUAUCUACACUGAUUCUUUUCCUGACAUGGAUGACCUAGAGGGAGGCGCUAAUAGAGAAAUGAUCAGGCAUCUACUCGUGGCUGCUGACAGAUAUGCUGUGGACAGGCUGAAGUUGGUGUGUCAAAGCAUCCUUUGCAAGAAUAUUGAUGUGGAGACUGUGUCAGAUACAUUGGCAUUAGCUUAUCAGCAUAACUGUGACAGUCUUAAGGAUAUUUGCCUUGAAUUUAUCACCGGUCCUAAUGUGCUGGAUGCAGUGGUGGCAACUGAAGGUUUUAAAAAUCUCAAAGCAACCUGCCCGUCUGCUCUAGUAGAUGCAUUAGAGAAGUCAAUGAGGCCCCGUAAAGCACGCCGAGUCUAUUCAUCGUGCGCGUGAGUGCGCGAUGAGCUGUCGCAGAAGCCGUCCAUCCCGCCGUGCAAGUCUGCUGCUUUAUCCGUCUUUUUUCUCGAAGGCCCACUACGGUCCACAUUACGCAUGCAUGCGUGUGGCUGCUGAUAGAUAUGCUGUGGACAGGCUGAAUUUGGUAUGUCAAAGCAUCCUUUGCAAGAAUUGAUGCUUAAGAAGAAGAGAAGACUCAUUUGAGAAGCAUGUGUCGGCAGCUUGAAGGAUUGAUGCUGGAGCUGUUCUCAAAAGGGGGGGUGGAAUUUCAGGAACAGAGUGACGCUUUAGGAGUUGCAUGUCGUGUCUCCUGAACUCGUUUUCAGCUUUGUUCGGGGGUUUGAUGUAGCGUUUGCUUUGCAGCCUGUGUGCUGCAUUUCUUGUUUUGGCUAUGGACUCUCGCCUGUGAGAUGUCGAGGCCGGAUCUUCCUUAAUCUAAAAAAUCCUUUGCAAGAA